AUGAAUACUCUGUUCCAUGUACAUUCGUCAUGUGUGGGAGAGGUUCGUAACCAUGUCAGCACCAUCUGCAGCACAUGGGGCAGAGAGCACUUCAAGACGUUUGAUGGUGACAUUUACCAGUUUCCUGGUAUGUGUGAAUACAACCUGGCCUCCGAUUGCCAUGGGACUUACCAGGAGUUCUCGGUGCACAUGAAGAGAAAAGAGAAACAUGGAAACCUUACAGUCAGUUAUGUGGUGGUCACCAUCAAUGACCUUUCUUUCCACCUCACCAAGAGUCUGGUCAUGAUGAAUGACGGUCUUGUCAAAUUGCCAUACUACAAUGGUGGAGUACAAGUGGAAAAAAAUGCUGUUUACAUCAAGCUCCAGUCUAAAGUUGGCAUUACUGUCAUGUGGAACGGUGAUGAUGCAGUCAUGGUAGAGCUGGAUCAUGAUUAUGCUAAUCGUACUUGUGGACUUUGUGGAGACUUCAAUGGUGUUUCUGUUGACAAUGAGUUCAUUCGUAAUGGCCGCAAAAUUAGCCCUAUUGAGUUUGGCAACAAACAGAAAGUCCAUCGUCCAAACGACGACUGUGAGGACCCCUAUGAAGAGGAAGAUGAGAAAAUGACUGUGUCGGAUUCUUGCAAGAAGUUUCAAACCACCUGUAAGGAGAUGCUGCAUUCAGAGUCCUGGAGCUCCUGCACCAAACUGAUUGACCCUGCACCUUACAUCCAGGCCUGUGUGCAGGACAUGUGUGGCUGCAUCAACAGUACAAAUGACUUCUGUGUCUGCAGCACACUGUCUGAGUUCUCUCGGCAGUGUUCCCAUGCUGGAGGAGAGCCUCCCAACUGGAGGACACCUCAGUUCUGUGCUAAACAGUGCCCAUUCAACAUGGUUCAUGAAGAGAGUGGUUCUCCUUGCAUGAACACUUGCACACACUCGGACACAAGUUCACUGUGUGAGGACCACAAAAUGGACGGCUGCUUCUGUCCUAAUGGAACUGUGUUUGAUGAUAUUUCCAUGAGAGGGUGCAUCGCUCAAUCUGAAUGUCAGUGCAAGCACAACAAAAUCUAUAACUCUGGUGAGGUCUACCAACGGGGCAGUGAGGAAUGUACAUGUUUUCAGGGUAAAUGGAGUUGUGAGAGCCUCCCAACACCUGCAACAUGUGCUGUUGAAGAGGGUUCACAUGUAACUACGUUUGAUGGGAAAACUUUCACCUUCCACGGAGAUUGUUAUUACACCUUGGCCAAGGAUGACAAUAGUCCAAAGUUCAACAUCCUGGUCCAGUUGAUGCCAUGUGUAAACCAAGAGUUUGACACUUGUCUGAAGUCCCUUAAAGUCGUGCUGAACAAUGACAGAAAUAAUGCAUUAAUUUUCACUUCUGAUGGGACAGUAAAGCAGAAUAUGCAGACCAUCAGUUUGCCGUACCAUUCAGGUGACAUCAACAUAUUCCACGCUUCAUCCUUUCACAUUUUGCUCCAGACCAGUUUUGGGUUGCAAAUUCAAAUCCAACAUGUGCCUGUCAUGCAAGUGUAUGUCAGCCUGGAACAGAGCUACAAAUCAAAGACACGUGGUUUAUGUGGUAACUACAACAUGAUCCUGUCUGAUGACAUGAAGACUCCUCAGGAGAUUGUGGAGGGAACAGCAAUCACUUUUAGUAACUCCUGGAAGACUAACGCCGCGUGCGAAGACAGAGAAGAAAGACUUGAUGACCCCUGCUCCCUCAGUGUGGAAAAUGAGGAGUAUGCUAAACAAUGGUGCACUUUGCUAAUAAGUGCAAAUGAUACCUUCGCACAGUGUCAUUCGGUGGUGGAUCCUGAGAUGUACUACAAGAGGUGUACUUAUGCAACCUGUAACUGUGAGAAGAGUGAGGCCUGUCUGUGUGCCGUCUUCUCCUCCUACGCACGAGCUUGUGCAUCUAAUGGAGUGUUCUUAACAAAUUGGAGAGACAAAGUGUGCGAUAAAUACACAAAAAGCUGCCCAGCAUCCCAGACCUUCUCUUACAAGCAUCAGAGAUGCCAGUUGACGUGUAGAUCACUGGGCUCAAAGCAGGAGAGCUGCACUUCUGACUUCUUGCCUGUGGAUGGCUGCUCCUGUGCUGAGGGUCUCUACCUAAAUGAAAAGGGCAUCUGUGUCCCCAUGGCAAAAUGUCAAUGCUACCACGAUGGCGCCUACAUCAAGCCAGGAAAGUCUAUAAACAUCAAGGACGAGCAUUGUGUGUGCACUAAUGGAGUGCUUCACUGCCAUUCUUGGAACGCCCCUUCAUCAAAGUGCCAAUCUCCGAAAGUAUUCUUCAACUGCUCCACUGCUGGCACAGGACAGUAUUGCCCUCGAACUUGUUCAAAUUUGGACAACGAUGAUUGUGACUCCACAGAGUGUAAAUCAGGCUGUCGCUGUCCAUUUGGCCUUGUUGAUGAUGGCAAAGGUUCCUGUGUGAAAGAACAUGAAUGUCCAUGUCAGCAUGACGGGCAUCUCUAUAUCCGUGGAGCACACAUUUCUAACAAGUGCAACACUUGUACCUGCAAAAGUGGAAAAUGGGAGUGCACAAAGAAAAAAUGCCCAGGAACCUGCAUUAUUUAUGGAAGUGGUCAUUACACUACAUUUGAUCAGCGAACAUAUGGGUUUCAAGGACAGUGUUCCUAUGUUGCUGUCAAGAAUAAAUGUGGCAAUAAAACAGUACAGGACAACUUCGGAGUUAUCACAGAAAAUGUACCAUGUGGCACCACAGGCACCACAUGCUCCAAAACUGUCCGAAUCCAACUUGGGAGAAUGGAAGUCAAACUGUCAAAGGGUAAAUAUGAAGAGGAGGACCAGGGACAUGGCAGUGAGAUUCAGUACAAAAUAAGGAGAGUUGGUUUGUAUCUGGUCAUAGAAUCUGCCAUUGGUCUGACAGUGUUAUGGGAUAAGAAAACAACUGUUCGCGUCAUCUUGGAACCACGGCACAGUGGAGAGGUAUGUGGCCUUUGUGGAAAUUCUGAUGGUGAUGGACAGAAUGACUUCACCACCCAGGGUCAGCUGAAAGUGAGCAAUCUGUUAGAAUUUGCAAACAGCUGGAAAGUGUCCAGCAGUUGUCCAGAUGCGGAAACUAAUGUGGAUCCUUGUGGAGUAAAACCCAACCGACAUCAUUGGGCAAAAAUGAUGUGCAACAUUAUAAAUGGUGAUACUUUCAAAGACUGCCACAAUAAGGUACAGCCACGUCCAUUUUAUGAAAACUGUGUGAAAGACUCAUGUGCCUGUGACACUGGAGGAGACUGUGAAUGUUUCUGCUCAUCAGUUGCAGCUUAUGCACAAGCUUGUAAUGAGGCUGGUGUCUGUGUUGCAUGGAGAACUCCAGAAAUCUGUCCUGUCUUUUGUGACUACUACAAUAAACUGGGUGAAUGCAAGUGGCACUACCAUCCUUGCCAUACACCUUGUUACAGGACCUGUUUGAAUCCGCAAAAAAUUUGCAGCAACAACUCUAUACCCAACCUAGAAGGCUGCUACCCUAUGUGUCCAAAGGAUAAGCCAAUAUUUGAUGAGAACAAGCAGAUAUGUGUGGAGGAGUUUGUUUCAUGUGAUCCGGAAUAUGGCUUAAUAUGCAAGAAAAAGGACCAGACAAGCCGUCCAUAUAAGUGUUUAAAUUAUGAGAUCAGAGUUUGUUGUGAGGUAGAGAUAUGUCAUACCACAACACCAUCAACAUCAAUCACCACUACUCCUACUACAACUGAAAGCCCAACCACAACUACAACAUCUACAACACCAACCACCACUACUCCUACGACAACUGAGACGCCAACCACAACCACAACAUCUACAACACCAACCACGACUACUCCUACUACAACUGAAAGCCCAACUACAACUACAACAUCUACAACACCAACCACCACUACUCCUACUACAACUGAAAGCCCAACCACAACUACAACAUCUACAACACCAACCACCAUUACUCCUACUACAACUGAAAGCCCAACCACAACCACAACAUCUACAACACCAACCACCACUAGUCCUACUACAACCGAAAGCCCAACCACAACUACAUCUACAACACCAACCACCACUACUCCUACUACAACUGAAAGCCCAACCACAACCACAACAUCUACAACACCAACCACCACUACUCCUACUACAACUGAAAGCCCAACUACAACUACAACAUCUACAACACCAACCACCACUACUCCUACUACAACUGAGACGCCAACCACAACCACAACAUCUACAACACCAACCACCACUACUCCUACUACAACUGAGACGCCAACCACAACUACAACAUCUACUACUCCAACCACCACUACUCCUACUACAACUGAAAGCCCAACCACAACUACAUCUGCAACACCAACCACCACUACUCCUACUACAACUGAAAGCCCAACCACAACUACAACAUCUACAACACCAACCACCACUACUCAUACUACAACUGAAGGGCCAACCACAACUACAACAUCUACAACACCAACCACCACUACUCCUACUACAACUGAAAGCCCAACCACAACUACAACAUCUACAACACCAACCACCACUACUCCUACUACAACUGAAAGCCCAACUACAACUACAACAUCUACAACACCAACCACCACUACUCCUACUACAACUGAGAGGCCAACCACAACCAUAACUUCAACUACUGUCACCACAAAGGGGUCAACAACGGAAUUUACUGAAAGCUCAACCACAACGGAAUCAAUCAUCACUAAUUCCCAAUAUACAUCAACCAUAGGAACCGGACCUCAAAACAGUACAAACACAACAUCAACCACCAUUUCUCCUACUACAACUGAAGGGCCAACCACAACUACAACCUCUACAACACCAACCACUACUACUCCUACUACAACUGAAAGCCCAACCACAACACCAACCACCACUACUCCUACUACAACUGAAAGAACAACCACAACCACAACCUCUACAAUAUCAACCACCAUACCUCCUACUACAACUGAAAGCCCAACCACAACUACAACAUCUACAACACCAACCACCACUACUCCUACUACAACUGAAAGCCCAACCACAACUACAACAUCUACAACACCAACCACCACUACUCCAACUACAACUGAGACGCCAACCACAACCACAAAAUCUACAACACCAACCACCACUACUCCUACUACAACUGAGACGCCAACCACAACCACAACAUCUACAACACCAACCACCACUACUCCUACUACAACUGUAAGCCCAACCACAACCACAAUAUCUACAACACCAACCAUCACUACUCCUACUACAACUGUAAGUCCAACCACAACCACAACAUCUACAACACCAACCACCACUACUCCUACUACAACUGAGACGCCAACCACAACCACAACAUCUACAACACCAACCACCACUACUCCUACUACAACUGAGACGCCAACCACAACUACAACAUCUACAACACCAACCACCACUACUCCUACAACAACUGAGAACCCAACCACAACCACAACAUCUACAACACCAACCACCACUACUCCUACUACAACUGAGACGCCAACCACAACUACAACAUCUACUACUCCAACCACCACUACUCCUACAACAACUGAAAGCCCAACCACAACCACAACCUCUACAACACCAACUACCACUACUCCUACUACAACUGUAAGCCCAACCACAACCACAACAUCUACAACACCAACCACCCUCCCCCCUACAACAACUGAAAGCCCAACCACAACUACAACUUCUACAACACCAACCACCACUACUCCUACUACAACUGAGAGUCCAACCACAACCACAACAUCUACAAAACCAACCACCCUUCCCCCUACAACAACUGAAAGCCCAACCACAACCACAACCUCUACAACACCAACUACCACUACUCCUACUACAACUGUAAGCCCAACCACAACCACAACAUCUACAACACCAACCACCCUCCCCCCUACAACAACUGAAAGCCCAACCACAACUACAACUUCUACAACACCAACCACCACUACUCCUACUACAACUGAGACGCCAACCACAACCACAACAUCUACAACACCAACCACCACUACUCCUACUACAACUGAAAGCCCAACCACAACCACAACCUCUACAACUCCAACCACCCUUCCCCCUACAACAACUGAAAGCCCAACCACAACCACAACCUCUACAACACCAACUACCACUACUCCUACUACAACUACAACAUCUACAACACCAACCACCACUACUCCUACUACAACUGAAAGCCCAACCACAACUACAACAUCUACAACACCAACCACCACUACUCCAACUACAACUGAGACGCCAACCACAACCACAACAUCUACAACACCAACCACCACUACUCCUACUACAACUGAGAGCCCAACCACAACUACAACAACUACAACACCAACCACCACUACUCCUACAACAACUGAGAGCCCAACCACAACCACAACAUCUACAACACCAACCACCACUACUCCUACUACAACUGAGACGCCAACCACAACUACAACAUCUACUACUCCAACCACCACUACUCCUACAACAACUGAAAGCCCAACCACAACCACAACCUCUACAACACCAACUACCACUACUCCUACUACAACUGUAAGCCCAACCACAACCACAACAUCUACAACACCAACCACCCUCCCCCCUACAACAACUGAAAGCCCAACCACAACUACAACUUCUACAACACCAACCACCACUACUCCUACUACAACUGAAAGCCCAACCACAACUACAACAACUACAACACCAACCACCACUACUCCUACUACAACUGAAAGCCCAACCACAACUACAACAUCUACAACACCAACCACCACUACUCCUACUACAACUGAGAGUCCAACCACAACCACAACAUCUACAACACCAACCACCACUACUCCUACUACAACUGAAAGCCCAACCACAACUACAACAACUACAACACCAACCACCACUACUCCUACUACAACUGAAAGCCCAACCACAACCACAACAUCUACAACACCAACCACCACUACUCCUACUACAACUGUAAGCCCAACCACAACCACAACAUCUACAACACCAACCACCACUACUCCUACUACAACUGAGACGCCAACCACAACCACAACAUCUACAACACCAACCACCACUACUCCUACUACAACUGAGAGCCUAACCACAACUACAACAACUACAACACCAACCACCACUACUCCUACUACAACUGAAAGCCCAACCACAACUACAACAUCUACAACACCAACCACCACUACUCCUACUACAACUGAAAGCCCAACCACAACUACAACAUCUACAACACCAACCACCAUUACUCCUACUACAACUGAAAGCCCAACCACAACUACAACAUCUACAACA